AUGAUCAGGCUCUCUCUUGGCAAGCUUUCAAGAAAUUCUUUUUCUGUUCCCAAGGUCAGAUCCUUACACAGCAGCUCAGCCUUUCUUACCAAAGAGAGACAGUUUAACCAGCCUCUUCCUGAAGAUGUGGUCCCUGAGUAUGGAGGAAUUGCUAGCAUGAUACGCCUCCCCAUCCAACAGGGUAACCCAGAUGGUCUUGAUGCCUGCUUUGUAGGAAUCCCAAUGGAUCAUGGUACUUCCUGGAGGUCAGGAACAAGGCAUGGGCCAGCGUCGAUAAGGCAACAUUCUAGUCUCAUUGGUCCAUACAGUCGAGUGACUGGAGCAGCUCCUUUUCAAUCUAUGCAGGUUGCUGACAUUGGUGAUGCACCUGUUAAUCCCUUUGAUCUCCAGAAAGCUCUGGAUAAUAUUACCGGUUUUUAUAACAAGAUCCUCGAAAAGGAUUGCAUUCCGUUGGGAAUGG